GAUCAUCACCGUCAUUCAUCCAUCCACCAGUCUCAUCCUUGUUUCUCUCUUGUCUAUACACAAUGAUCACCACCCACUUUGCCGGCCUUUUCCUGGCCUCCGUGGUUGCCGCUGCCCCGUUCAUGUCGGAGCGCGACUUGAACGCUACGGUUUGGACUCCUGAUCACGAGCUUCAGCCAAACGAAGUGAUCGUCUACGGCAAUGGGCGGAUGGAGGUUAUUCACGAGGACACUUGGCUCGCUCUGCUGGAGUCUGAGGGUGUCUCGGUCGGAACACCUGAGGUCGACCACGCCUAUCUUGACGCUCGCGACCUCGAUACCUCAGAGGCUGAGAGCCAUGUCCUCCAGACCCGGCAGUGUGCGUCAACCACGUCUUUUGUCACCGACAAAAUUGAACGAUUCAUCGACUGGGACGUGCAGAUGUCCCCCGUUGUCCUCGGUGUGGGAAACGGCUUGACUGUUGCCGUUGCUUCGAGCUACAGCGUCAGCAACAGCGUUUCCGUCUCUGCUGGCCUUGAUCUCAAGUUCAUUAAGGACAGGCUUGGCGGAACCCUCGGCGUCAACUACUCGCGUACCUGGACCACCCAGGCCUCCGUCACCCUGUCCGGCGUCGUACCUAACGGCCAGGCCGGUGUUUGGAUCACCAAACCUUGGACUACUCGCCGUUACGGCCGUACUUUCCAAGGCUGUAUCGGCUCGCUGCGUGAGACGGGUACUUUCAUGGCUGACUCGCACGACGAGGGCAGCUACGAGGGCGUGAGGUGGGUUUCUGGUGGCAUCUCUAUGUGCCUCAAGAGGCAGCGCACUCUUCCACUGACCCGCUGCCAUGGAUCGGGCGCUUUCCGUUAAGACAUGAAUCAUUCUACGCAGCGGAUGAUCAUGGAGCCCGGCCAAAGUCCCAUUGAUGAUCACGCGGUGGAUCUGUAGUCAAGGGGCCCGUGGUACGAGAUGGCAUCGGCAUGUGUGAUGGUCCUUCCUGAUCUUGAUUUAGCAGGGCGUAAAGGGUGGCAACGUGGGGACGGACCUGGAUUAGACGAUGAAUGUGGGAACGGCCCUAGUCGGGUCCCGGAGACCUAAUGCAUAGUAUAGGCGGGCCCAGACGUGAGAGGGCUUCAAGAGAUCCUCAUUCACUGC